AUGUCGUACCGGCUAAACGACCCUGGAUACGCAUUGUUUACACAGGAUGCGUAUUACGCACGUACGGCCUACUGCAUCGACCCGGCCAUCUACGAGGACGAGCCUAGUUCAGUAUAUACCCAAGGUCUAACCCUACCCACUAGACAUGAUCUGUCCCAGAUGCUAAAUUUUGACGAGGAAGAUAGUGUCAUUGUUAUGAGAGAGAUAAAUUCGACACGUCUCCCAACUCCAGAGGAGAUGGAAAAAUAUCUCGGGUAUACCAAAUGCGGCAGCGAAAAUUGUCUUGAGGAGAUUGCGGAAAUUAGGAGUCAGUUCGAAAAGUUCAAGACUGAAGUAAUCGCCCAGACAAGUAUAUCUAGAGUAGAAUCAUCACCGGUAAUCGCAACUGCUUCUUCUAAUGCACAUGCAACGCAACCAACAGCUUUGCUUGCGAGUGCUAGGUCGCAACCCGGAAGUGGCUAUCAUUCGCAACCAUAG